AUGAAAGUGGACAAUGCGGACGCUCUCCGCGCCCGAGUCCUCGAGCUCGAGGUCCAACUGCAAACCACCAAAGCACUCCUUCGAGGCACAGAAACACCGGGCUCAACAUCAACCGCAGAUGUUCUUCGUGAGAAUGGAGGAAGGGUACCGUUUUCUCUGCCCGUCACUCUUCCAAUAGGCCACUCGAUGCACAAUCUCAUGCUCCUCUCCGAUUCAGCCCUUCCUCUUGGAUCAUUCGCCUACUCGAGCGGCCUAGAAUCCUUCCUCGCUCAUCAUAAACAUCUCUCCCCAACGCCGGGACAGACAAAUCUCUCCCUUUUCCACAAGUUUCUCAAACUCUCCAUCCAGUCAAUGGCAUAUACCAGCGUCCCUUACGUUCUUGCCGCAUUCCGUGAUCCACUGGCGCUCGUGGAUCUCGAUAAUGACCUCGACGCGAGCACGCCGUGCAACGUUGCGAGGAGAGCAAGCAUCGCUCAAGGUCGUGCACUGCUGAGUGUUUGGGAGAAAGCUUUUGCUCCGGCGGUGAAAGCGCAGCAUGGGGAGGAAGGCGAAGGACUUGAAGCGGCCACCGCGCUUGAAGUCUUUGCUCGAGACUUAAAGCUCUCAGCUCUGUCCCCCGCCGCCCUUUCCGACAACAACAUUCACCAAAUCCCCGCUGUAAAUGGACACCUUGCUCCUCUCUGGGGCGCCAUCUGUCUCUCCCUCGGUCUCAACUCAGAAGAAUCUGGCUACCUCUUCCUCCUCAACCACUCCAAAGCGGUCAUCAGCGCAGGGGUUCGAGCGUCCGUGAUGGGGCCGUAUAUGGCACAGAACGUACUCGCAUCUAAAGAACUGCAAGAGCUGCUGAGUGGUUGUUUGGAGAAAGUUUGGUUGAUGAGACCGGAAGAGGCAGGUCAGGUAGUCCCAAGCAUGGAUCUGUGGAUGGGGAGACAUGAGUUACUUUACAGUAGGAUUUUCAACUCGUGA